UGGUUCCCCCCCCCCCUCCCUGUUUUGCUGGUGUGGGAAGGUCACAAGAUGGCAUGGGGCACCCUGGGGGGCCUGGUGCUGCUGGCAGUUGUGUCCCUGGCGAGAGGGAACCCCCUCCAACCCGAUGCCACCAGUCCCUUCCAGUAUGACUGGCACCGCCUGCGCGUGGCAGGGCUGGUGGUGGCUGCCAUCCUCUGCGUCAUCGGCAUCAUCGUCCUCCUCAGUGGGAAGUGCAAGUGCCGGAGCAAAGCCAGCCGCCGCCGCCCCCCUCCAGAGAUGUCCCACCUCGUCGGCCCCGGAGCCGCCAGCACGUGCUGAGGUGUCCCCACGUGUCCCCCAGCCCCGGGGGGGACCCUGGCGUCCGGGUGGCCCCGGUGACAUGCGGAGGCAGGGAGGGGGGAGGAGCAGGUUUAUUUUGGGGUGAAGCCCCCCAAAAAAAUCCAAGAAAAGGGGAAAUUAAUAAAAAAAUGGUUAAAAAAAGGCAAAUUUGGUUAUUUGUAGGCAAGAGGAGUGUUCCCUGUGGUGGCAUCAGGGGGACAAGGAGGGGACAGGGGGACAAGGGGCCAGUGGUGGCACUGGGGACAAGGUUGGGUGGGUUGUGGCACCUGGAGGUGACAGGGUGGCCUGGGGCUGACGGUGGCCUUGGGGACGUCAGGUAGAUGGUGGCACCAGGAGGUGACAAGAUGAUGUGGGCCUAAUGGUGGCACUGGGCUGACGGUGGCCUUGGGGACGUCAGGUAGAUGGUGGCACCAGGAGGUGACAAGGUGAGGUGGGGCCGAUGGUGACACUGGGCUGACGGUGGCCUUGGGGACGUCAGGUAGAUGGUGGCACCAGGAGGUGACAAGGUGACGUGGGGCCGAUGGUGACACUGGGCUGACGGUGGCCUUGGGGACGUCAGGUAGAUGGUGGCACCAGGAGGUGACAAGAUGAUGUGGGCCUAAUGGUGGCACUGGGCUGACGGUGGCCUUGGGGACGUCAGGUAGAUGGUGGCACCAGGAGGUGACAAGAUGAUGUGGGCCUAAUGGUGGCACUGGGCUGACGGUGGCCUUGGGGACGUCAGGUAGAUGGUGGCACCAGGAGGUGACAAGGUGAGGUGGGGCUGAUGGUGACACUGGGCUGACGGUGGCCUUGGGGACGUCAGGUAGAUGGUGGCAUCAGGAGGUGACAAGGUGACGUGGGGCCGAUGGUGACACUGGGCUGACGGUGGCCUUGGGGACGUCAAGUAGAUGGUGGCACCAGGAAGUGACAAGAUGAUGUGGGCCUAAUGGUGGCACUGGGGACAAUGUUGGGUGGAUGGAGGCACUGGGAAGGGACAGGAGUGACGUGAGAGCUUGGGGACAAUGUGGUGCAGGUGGUGACACCAGCAGGGGCGUCACCGCCAUGGCAGCUGUGACAUGGUGGCCAGGGUCCCUGUGUCCCUCAGGUGCCCAGCUUCACGGUGGCCAAUAACCCAUGUCCCUCAGGCACGGAGGUCCAAAAUGACGCGGUGGUUGAUGUCCCCAUGUCCCCAGGUGCCCACAUCCAUGGGGACAUGGUGACCAGGUCCCCCAGGUCUUUGGGGACACAGUGACCAGGUCUUCUGUGGUGACAUGAUGGCCCAUCUCCCCAUGUCCCCUUGGCACCCAGGUGCACGACGACCUGGCGACUGAUGUCCCCAUACCCUUCAGGCACCCGUGUCCGUGGUGAGGUGACACGAUGGCUGAUGUCUCCACGUCCCCGUGUCCCUCAGGUGCCACGUCCGUGGUGAUGGGAUGGCUGAUGGCCGUGUCCCUCAGGUGUCCGGGUCCGCAAUGACGUACUGGUUGAUGUCCCCAUGUCCCAGUGCCCUGGUCCAUGAUGAAGUGACCGUUGAUGUCCCCAUGUCCUUCAGGCCCCCAGUGACAUCUCCCACAGGUGACGGGUCCACAACGACAUCACAACCGAUGUCCCCAUGUCCCUCUGACCCAUGAUGAUGGGGGUGGUUGAUGUCUCCGUGUCCUUCGGGCUUCCAGGUCCAUGGUGAUCAACGUUCUCACGUCCCCACGACCCACAGGUGCUCAGGCCCACGAUGACGUGACAUCCCCACGUCCAUCAGGCGCCCAGGUCUAUGACGUCAUGGUGUCCCCAUGUUCUUCAAGCACCCAGGGCCCCAGUGACACCGUGGUUGAUGUCCCUCAGGCGCCCAGGUCC